AUGAAUUCUCGAGAUUCCAAUUGUGACGCGGCUUUGCGUGAGCUUCAACGCGCCUUGGAUGCCUUUAUCGCCACACAUCUCGCGACCGUCGCCAACUUAUUAGUCUCGAAGAAAAGCGAUCAGAGUUGUAAUUUGCUCGAAAAUGACGAAACUAUUUUGUCCGAGACGACGACCGUCCAGCGUGACUUGAAGCGUCUGCAGUGUUUAAGCUCAUCGAUCACGAAUACUCGACGACGACGAGGCCUUGCUAGUGUAGCGAGUGUAGCGAAGUCUCUACUUUCGUGGCUGCACUCUGUCGAAAGCUUGAAGGCAGCCAACGCAGCAGCGACCACAGCCGUACAACCAUCGGCGGUCCCAGCUGCACGAUCAGCUGAAGAUGAUCAACCUCAGUCUCCACUUGAUCCUGUGGCGUCUUGGCUGGUCGCAAAACUACUUAAAGCCGUUUUCCAAGUGCCUCAGAAAAACACACGUGGUGAUAUCAGCUUAGUGGAACGGAGUGCGAUCGAUGAAGUAGUUGGUCUUGUUGUCAGUCGAUGUUUGGUAGCUUUUCAAAGAUCAUACCAAGCAGAAGAAGAGAUGCACGUUCGUGUAAGAGCGGGAAGCUCUGGAAACCUUUUGUCAUACUUGACUAUGCGAAAGGCAAAGCUGAAGACUGCAAAACCUCCGAAUACCCUUACGAUUUGUUUGACAUGUACAAAAGAAGCCAGCAUAGGUUGGGGACAGGUAUUGGGACUCGCAGCGUGUUUGGCACCCGAAAUCGCUCGCAUUAUUUUGCAAAAAGAGAUCUUAACGCGAUCUGCGGCUUGGAAUGCGACGAAAGUGUCAGUAGACGUCGUCAGGCAUCCAUAUCUCAAGUAUCUGGCUGAAAUUUGCCUUGGUUUGGUGCCGUGUCAUAAUGCACCAACUCAAACGCUGCCUCAACGAUUGCCAGACGCGGUUCGUUGGCUUCGUGUCAUGAUGCCGUUGCUCUUGAAGCCACAUCGAUCUCAUGUUCGCAGUGCUUGUGCACAUUUGAUCGCGCACUUGCUCCAGCGAGAGCUGUCAUCCCUUAGUCGACAGGAUCUCAGUAUCUUAUACACAUCCAGUAAUUGUGAUUGGAGUCGCUGUAUUAGCGAUCUGCAUGCUGCUGCUCUUCGACUCACAGAAUGCGCCAGAAAGAAAAGCCGAGGUCGCACACAACAGCAGCUCGAGGCUUCGUCUUGGGCACUUCGAGCUGUUGUACUGGCACUUUCUCCCGGAGAGAUUUUUACGCGAUAUUGGCGAGAUGAUGCUCUAUCACUAUUAAAACUUCAAUAUCAUUUAAACCAAGAUGCUAGUUCUAACGGAGUGGCGCUGUACAACAUUUUACCAAGUUUGGAUUUGAGCUUCACGUAUAUGAUGCAUCGUCAUUAUGUGGUGCGAAAUUCUGGACAAGGUGCUGGAGGAAUACCAACGGACUCAGAGUGCAUGGAGAUUAUAAAUACGACGCAAGCUUGGGCUUUUUUCUCGUUGCCACGCUUGAGGCCACAGUCUUCAAGUAGCUUUGGUAGCAAUUGUACGGCCUUCCUGACUAUUGCUGUACCAGCUUUGAUACAUGUGACAAGGGUUAUGGCGUCGUACAACAUGCCUUAUACAAUACAGAGCCAUAUACGCCGAUUGCUCGCUGAAUCAGUAGGUGUUGGGGAUCCUCAAAAGCUUGUGGGUCUUCAAGCGCUUACGGAUUUGCUGCAAACUCAAGAAGUAGAGGAGGAGAAUCUUUUACGCUUCAAAGUGAAUCAAAAUGACCUGUUUGCUUAUAAACAAAUGAUCGGAGAGUUAGUUGGUCGUGUGCUUUUGGAAUGCAGUACACGUCUUGGUCAUAAAACCCUCACAGAUUUAUCGUUCGCGAGAAUCAAUGAGAACAAAUUACAAACAGUUGAUUUUCAAGACAAGGAUGACGACGAGCUUUGGAAGAAUCCAAAUCGGAUUGUAGCAGCAGCAACGUUUGCUGCUGCGCUGGCCUUAAUGCCAAUUCUUUAUGCGCACAUUUCUCUCAGUAUAGAACAAAAAUUGUCGUUGCUUGUGCGUACUGCUGUCAAUGCUGAGCGAGUGGUGCGUCGCCGAGCACAAGAAUCUAUUGUUGCCCUCGUUGGGCCUCAACCACUACAUUGCUCAGAAAUGUUACCUCCUAGCGCUGAAGCGGUUGUCCGUGCUUUGACCGACUACAUUUUGCGAAUGAAUGUUAGCCCCUCAACAACAGUAAGUGACACAGCAGGAGCGAUUACUAUCUUGCAGUUAUUAAAUGCACUAUUUGCACCAAGUCGAGUAUUUUCAACUCGUUGGGCGAGCUCACGGGCUCAAGUUGAAUCGUUGAUCCAAGUAGAGGCCACUGCCGUGUAUCUUUUAGUGCGGGGUGAUGACAAUAUUCAAGCUGAACAAAUGCUACGACUUGCAGUUUUGGAGACACUCGAGGUUGCGCAUGAAGCGAAAAUGAUGUACUGUGAGAAAUUUACGAGAGACAAUACAGAUCAGCAGCCAUUUGAUCGCUUAAGCGUGUGGACACUUCUGAAAAAACUUGAUUCGGAACUUGAGAUUGCGUUUUUCACCUAUAAACCACAUGACGCAAACCAUGUCGAUGAACCUUCCGCUCUUCGACGUUUGAUCAUGGACACGUCUACGCGUCACAGUUUUCGGUGGUCUCUUGCUCUUGCACGUAUCUUGACAUGUGUAGCAACGCAUGCGCCGGAAGUGACUGCGUACAUUUGGGUUGAUGUAGCGAAUAAAGUGACUAAGCUUGAGCCAGUUCUAUCUGUCACGAUGUUGACAGAUGAUUCCUUAAGCAAUCAACGUGAACUCAGUCGAUGGCGUAAUUUUGCCUUGCUGUCUAUGAUAGCUGCGGGUCCGAUAAUACAGAAGCAAAUGGCACUUGAGUCAGAAAGCUCAUCAGGAGCUGUCAGUGCUGCGUCGUCAACGAUGAUUGCGUCUCUUGUGCAUCAGCUUGCUUGCUACCUGCGCAGUUCUAAUGUCGGACAGCGCCACGCCGCCAUUCUCGUCCUGGGGCACGCAGGUUCGGUAGCGUUGUCCACUUUACUAGAUGUGCUCGCACGCUUGGAAACUGAAGCGUUUGCAACGUUUUGCAAGGACGAACAAGAGUCACCUGAAAACUACACAGACUCACUAAAUUUAACUCGUGCUCGAAGUACCAGAGCAACGAAGCUUUCAAAAAAAGAAACAUUGGAACUACAACAUGCAGAAGAAGCUCAGGUGACGCUGCAGUGUGCAAUAGGGCGAUGUUUUCGGCUUCAUAUGGAGUCCUGGACACGUACAGAGAGCAACUGGGACGAGCUCAGAUCAGGAAGUCCCUUAGGUGAGCGGCUUUGUCGUGCGGUAUCAGCGCAUCUCCAAAAUAUGCUGACAAUGUUCGAGAACAAAACAAGCGUGUGCACUAGUAGCACUGGGUCAACUGAAGUAUUCGCGAAUAUACUCUCGAAAACGUGGAUUUCUGAUGUCCAUCCUGAGCUUUUCGUGAUGCAGCUUGACUUCUUAGCAACUUAUCACUCUUUAUUGCUUUAUGUCAAUGCCAAUCGUCAGUCCAUGCUGCACAUGCCAAAUAAUCGAAUAGCUACGAUAAUAUUUGGUUGGUGUGGAAAUUUUGAGAAGGAUCUUGCUCACGCUUCGUUAAUUGGACAUUUCAACUCUGGAUUUAUAACUUGUGAUAAGGAUUUCUACUUGCAUUGGAUACAGCUUUGUGAUGUUUCUACUGCUUGCGACGGAAGGAUCUUUUAUCCGUGGUUGUGGGUCGAAAAUCAGGCUAAACUUCUUAAGCGUGAGACUUCAAGACGUGUCGCUCAGUUCUUUAUCUGUCACCGAGCUUUCUCUGCGUUAGCAGUUUUGCUGCGCUUCAAUCUUCAAAGUCACGCCUUAGACGACAAUUUAGAUGAUGACAGAAUUGACACGUGGCUUGAUGCCUGUUUCCGUGUCGACGAUGUCCAAUUUGAUUACUUUAAAGAUCUUUGUCACUUUGCUCGACAAGCUUUAAAUGCACUGUUGGAGUUGCCUUGCGGCAACGCUAAAUUUCAUCACGCGGUUCGACGUCGUCUGGAGAAAGCGACAUAUUCGCUCACGAGCUCCGACUCCUCCGAAGUUCGCGUCGCGCGGCAGUAUUUUAGUGCUCUUGGAGCUUCUACUAACGUCAUCACCUUCUUCCGUACUUUGCUGCAUCAGCUACAAGAAGAACGUGCUGCCGUACACGACAAAGACAAUUUGGCUCUUGCAGUACGUUUAGUUCAUGUCCUAUUGCUUCAUGUGGGCUUGCAACGUGAAGAUGAAAUGGUGCAACAGCAUCGUUUGAUGGCCCUCAAUAUUGUAGCUGCUCUAGUCUGCGAAUUGUCGGAGAAUAGUCACGAUGAUAAGGCUGCAGUAACUCGUUGGAGCUUGCAAGGCUACAAGAGCUCAAGUCUUGAUAGUCUUGUUGCAGGGCGCAUGCAAGUGACCGUAUCUGCUCUCCUCGCGUCUCACUUUUCUGUACUAAGUCUACGCGUUAGCCUCGCAAUUUUGCGCUCACUUUCUACCGUCCCACUUCACAAUAGACUCGAAAUUACUCAGCAGCAGCAAAUGCUUGCUGCCGUCUUGCCAUGGCUCGCCGAAGUAUCUCUCGUGACCAUGAAGGAUACAUUGAGUAGACCGUUAGGGCUGCUCGACUUGCUAUAUCAGCUCACUGCCAUUCAUUGUGAUACAUGCCGGGAACAGCUCGAUCACAGUUGGCUCACACUUGCGUUUGCUAAGAAUGAAGAUGACGACUCGAACGCUCGCGAGGUUGUCAUCUUUUUGAUGCGACAGCAGCUCAAGUGUCAAAUACCGAGCGAAACAGCGAAGACUGUCAUGUGGUGGCUUUGCCGAUGGCAAGACGCAGCGCCUGACGUAUUACGCUUCCUUUUUUUACGACCCAUGUCCUCGGGUGCAAGCGAGACAACUUCGAGCGGAACUGCAGCAGCUUUACAUGAGCUGGCGACUCUUGUGACACUGGCUAGUGACACUAGCUGUCACCUUCUUCAUUGCAGUCCUUCCAGUCCCGACGUGCAAAAUUUAGCUAUUCACUUGAUGCAUGUGGCACUUACGACACUGUUUGUGGUACAAGAAAGCGACGUAGUCGACGGCGAUCAAGUAAACAGCAAAAUCCGACAACAAUGUCACGUACUUCUUCACUCAAUUCUUCCGCUUCUUGAAGCUCCACGGCGUCUUUUAUCAGAGGCGUUAAAUAGCAUCCAAGCUGCAACCUCACCGCUUGACAAAAGAGAACCUUGUGCCGUCUUUAUCCAAGCUUUUCGCUCACUUACUUUGUGCUUGUCAGCCAGUGAGACACAGAUUUGGAGUGAAUUGUGCAUUCAAGAGAUUGCGUUGGCCAUUUCACCAGAAACUUCAGUACCAUUCGAGAGCGUAGAAGGAAUUCGACGGCCAUCUCCGCCUUAUCAAGCAUGUGUACGCUUUGCUCUCGUAGCAUACACGCAACUAUCUCCUCGCUUUCAAAGUGAUGUUUUGCUUUCUGUCUUGACAUUGCUACGGCAGACGCUGACGGCAGGUGCUGACGUCGGUCGCGAAUGCCUCGAGCUAAUAGCAAGACUCAUGCAAACUAUGCCAGAUUCAAAACUUGUCUUAUAUCCACAAGUCUUUUGGGUGGCACUUGCCCUACUGACACACUGUCGUAGCCGACGUGACAGCUCGUCAAGUGCAACGUCGUCAUUACACGACGGAGCUUUGAAGGUGCUGUCAAUUUUCUGGGAACGCACUCCUUUCCUUCGUCAUGCGGUCGUGCAUGAGGUAAUUCGGUAUACGCGUCCAGCACAAUGGAGACUUGGUACUAUGCAUAACUCGGUUCUGUUUGAAAUCGUACGCUGCAUGCACGCAGGUGAAAGCCACGACAGUUGCGCACGGGCAGUGAACAUGAUGCAAAAAGCAGUAGUAUUUGUACCUUGCGAUUUACUUGGUGUGUCAAGCCGGCAGCACCUUGUCAUUUGCACAGUUAGUCUCUUUCCAACGCUAGUAAUUCCAUCGAACGAGAAUAAUCAGGUGUGGAAUGACCUCACGAUACUUUGGCAAAAUUCUGGAAUUGAGUCAAGGGAUCAAUUAGAAGAGUUGCUCCAAAUGCGUGAACGGGAUUGCAGUCCCAAGUUCGUGUCAUCGUUUAUGACGGCAUUUAUGUCUGCGCUUGACGCGCUGGAAUUGGAUAAAGAUGGUAACAAACUUUUUGAUGGUUUAGAUUUGAGCCUGGAGGUUCUGAUCGCAUGUUUGCCUUCGCCUGUCAAUAAUCUGUCAGACGCCGAGUGGUCGACAUCGACUGAUGUUUAUGAUAAACGCUGUGACCUCGUCUUUCUUAUGCUUGAAGAAUUGCUCGGAGAAGUUUUAAGACGGAUUGAGACGACGAAACGGACUUGGAAACCGGUGCCAGAGCUAGAAGCGACAUUGGCAAGACUGCUUCGAAGUCCAAAAAGUGAAAGACAGUGGAGACUGACCAUGCGAGUUCUGACGUGGGUGGCGGAAAUGACCAAUGUAUCGGAAUCAGCAGUCGCUCCUAUGCCGAAAAGUUGCGUUUCGCGCCUCAAAUCAUCCGCAGUGUCUGGAGGAUUGAAACAAAUCGAAGAAAAGGACAAGUCGUCUGACAUUUCACGAUUAUCUGAAGAAGAAAUGUCCAUCUGA